CCGACUGCCGCGGUGUUGGAAGACGUUCGUGCAAAAUAUUCGGGCUGCACAGAAGAACAUAAACGACACGUAAACGUCACCAAAAAUUAGCAGCUAACAAGUCUAAAUAAAUUAGGAUUACCGCGAGAUGCGCAACUAGGGAGUGCGCCGCGAUUCGUGCGAGGCUGCGUGAGAGUGCGACUGCGAGCGGGCAAGUGGCGAGUGGGCCGAAAACAUAUGCGAAGGUCGACGGCGAGGAGGAGCUGCCCUGCCCCACAUAAGCUGCAAUUUUCUGGAAGCCAACUAGCUGCUCCCUCGAAGAUCCCGAAGAGGAGCACCCCAACCGGACACCAUGGCGCUGCCGGGCAAUGGGAUCUACGUGGUGCGGGGCGAGAUGGCCACCCUGAUGACGGCCAUGCGACGUGGAACGCGAUGGAAUGCCACCGCCUACGUGGACGACGAGAAGGACUCGCUGCUGAAGCUGUUCAUUGACCUCAAGCAAGAGCUGAAUCGCAUCGAGGAUCUGCGCCUCAUCGAGCCGCAGGUGUUCCUGGCUCCGUUUCUGGAGGUGAUUCGCACGGCGGACACCACGGGUCCUCUAACUAGUCUGGCCUUGGCCUCGGUUAAUAAAUUCUUGUCAUACGGGUUGAUAGAUCCCACAUCUCCAAAUCUGCCGGACAUUGUGGAGCGCAUUGCCGAUGCGGUCACACAUGCCCGCUUCAUGGGCACCGAUCAAUCCUCCGAUAGCGUCACCUUUAUGCGUGUGAUCGAGGUGCUGCACACGCUCAUCCGGAGUCCCGAGGGAGCCGCCGUUAGCAAUGAAUCCAUGUGCGAGGUGAUGCUCAGCUGCUUCAAGAUCUGCUUUGAAACGCGGCUGAGUGAGCUACUGCGUCGUUCGGCGGAGCAGUCGCUCAAGGACAUGGUGCUUCUGUUCUUCAUGCGUCUGCCUCAGUUUGCCGAGGAGCGCAGUGACACCAUGCUGCAGAAAAGGUUCACCAUUGGAGAUGCUGCCAGUGGCGCCACUCAGGAGAAACUCAAACGGAAGGCGGCGGCACCAGCUGCUCCCAGAAAAUCCUCAACCGUUGAGGAGCCUCCACAGACACCGCAAUCUGCUAAUCUAGCGGUUCCCGGCCAUCUAAAGGCACCUAUACUGGCCACCACGCCCGCCAGUCCAGCGGGAAACAUUCUGGACAUGCAGGGCAAGAUUACGCAGACACCGACCACCACUGCAAGUGCGGGGGAAGAGGAAACCACUGCCUCCGAGGCACCUGUCAUUCAAGUGGAGUCGCCUGACUCAGAACCCCUGCUGGAGGGCCAAGUUAACGAAGAAACCAGCUCUCUGGCCGAGGCAAACAGCAGCGAGUACAUCAACUCGGUUGGCGUUCGUUUCACCCAGCAAUCCACCGAUCAGGAUGCCGCUCCACUCUCGCCCUACGGCCUGCCCUUCAUCCACGAGCUGUUCCGCUUCCUCAUAAUACUCUGCGAUCCCCUGAAUAUGGAGAACACGGACAGCAUGAUACACACGGGCCUCAGCCUGCUCACAGUGGCUUUCGAGGUGGCUGCCGAUAAUAUUGGAAAGUAUGAGGGCUUACUGGAGCUGGUAAAGGAUAAUAUGUGUAGGAACUUGAUAUCGCUUCUCAGCUCGGAGCGCCUGAGCAUCUUCGCUGCCGAUCUGCAGCUCUGCUUCCUGCUCUUCGAAUCCCUUCGCGGUCAUCUGAAAUUCCAGCUGGAGGGUUACCUCAGGAAACUGAGCGAAAUCAUUGCCAGCGACAAUCCCAAGACGCCCUACGAAAUGCGUGAACUGGCUCUGGACAAUCUUCUCCAGCUAUGGCGCAUUCCCGGCUUCGUCACCGAAUUGUACAUCAACUACGAUUGCGAUUUGUACUGCACGGAUAUGUUCGAGAGUCUGACCAACCUGCUGAGCAAGUACACGCUGUCGGCCACCAAUGCGGUGUAUAGCACCCACAUUAUAUCGAUGGAUGCGCUCAUCAGUGUGAUUGACAGCAUCGAGCGGAAUUGUGCAGCGGCCAAGAACAGCAACAACAGGGAAUCUUUGCCAGAAGCUGCGCCAGCAACCGGCGGAAGUCGCCAUUCGCGACACAACAGCGGAUUGGAGGGAAUCGUAAUCGAUUCUGGAAAUAGUGGAGCUUUAGAGGAGCCUGUUGAACACAUAGCCAGCUUUAUAAACGCCAGCUCACAGCGAUUGCGAUCUGGCGGAGAUGGUAGCGUGGGCAUAACCACGGAACAGCUUGCCAAAGUCAAGCAGAAAAAGCGCCUGCUUUCUCAGGGAACAGAACGCUUUAAUCAGCGUCCGGAGAAGGGAAUCCAGUACCUUCAGGAGCAUGGCAUCCUAAAUGCCGAGCUGGAUCCCAUGCAGGUGGCCCUGUUUCUACGCGAGAAUCCCGGACUGGAUAAGAAAAUGAUUGGAGAGUAUAUCUCGAAAAAGAAGAACGUAGACUCGAAGAUUCUUAUUAAUUUUGUGGACUCGUUCGAUUUUACUGGUCUGCGAGUGGAUCAAGCGCUGCGUCUCUACCUGGAGACCUUCAGAUUGCCUGGAGAGGCUCCGCUGAUCUUCCUGGUGCUGGAACACUUUUCCGAUCAUUGGCAUACACAAAACCAGGAUCCUUUUGCCAAUGUGGAUGCGGCCUUCCGCUUGGCCUAUGCCAUCAUUAUGUUGAACAUGGAUCAGCACAACUCCAAUGCCAAGCGGCUGAAUGUUCCCAUGACGCUGGAGGAUUUCACCAAGAAUUUGCGUGGUCUGAAUGGCGGCGAGGAUUUCGAUCAGGAAAUGUUGGCUCAAGUCUUUAAUGCCAUUAAGAACGAAGAGAUCGUUAUGCCAGCUGAGCAAACGGGCUUGGUGCGAGAAAACUAUCAAUGGAAGGUGCUCCUUCGACGAGGCUACACCCAUGCUGGCCACUUCCAUUAUGUCCACGAUGCCUCCUACGACGUUGAGAUCUUCAAUAUUGUGUGGGGCGCUUCUCUCAGCGCUCUUAGCUUUAUGUUUGACAAGAGCACUGAAUCGGGGUAUCAAAAAACUCUGGCAGGUUUCAGCAAAUCCGCUGCCAUAUCGGCGCAUUAUAAUCUACAUUCGGACUUUGAUGCCCUCGUUUUGACGCUCUGCAAAUUCACAACGCUGCUAAGCAGCGUGGAACAGCAUGAGCCCGCUCCGGCAAACAAUGAAAUACAGCAGGCAGUGAACUUUGGGCUGAAUGCCAAGGGUCAGGAGGCCAUGAGAACGGUUUUCAUGUUGGUGCACGACUAUGGCGACUGUUUAAGGGAGAGCUGGAAGCACAUCCUCGACCUAUAUCUCCAGCUUUUCCGUCUCAAACUGCUACCGAAAGCACUGAUCGAAGUUGAAGACUUUUGCGAGGCGAACGGAAAGGCCAUGUUGAUCGUGGAAAAGCCGCGCGAGAAACAGGAAUCUGGUCUCUUCUCCAGCCUGUACUCCUUCAUCAGCUCAGAGGGUCAGCGAGAGCCAACCUACGAGGAGCAGGACUUUAUAAAGCUGGGAAGAAAGUGCAUCAGGGAAUGCCAAUUGGAUCAAAUGCUGCAGGAAUCAAAGUUUGUGCAACUGGAGUCGCUGCAGGAGCUGCUGAAAUGCGUUCUGGGUCUUCUAAAGGCACCGCAGGGUCACAAAUCAAUUGGAUUACCCUAUGCCGAGGAUCAAACUGUUUUUUGGAUGGAGUUUCUCGUGAAGAUUGUUGUCCACAAUCGGGAUCGCAUGAUUCCGCUGUGGCCAGCGGUGCGAGACCAGAUGUACCUCCUGCUCAUGGGAAGUGCCUCCUGUGGCUAUGAUUAUCUGCUCAACCGUUGCAUUGUGGCCGUCCUCAAACUGGCCAUCUAUCUGAUGCGAAACGAGGAGCUUUGCCCGAUUGUCCUGCAGUCCCUCAAGAUGCUACUUAUGCUGAAGCCUGCGCUGCUGUUGCGCAUCUCGAAACAGAUUUCUAUUGGCAUCUACGAACUGCUCAAGACCUCGGCCCAGAACAUCCAUUCCGAGCAGGAUUGGCAGAUCAUCUUCAAUCUGCUUGAGUGCGUGGGCGCCGGAGCUGUGCCGCCCAGCUACGAUGAUACCCAGCUGCCACUGCCGCCCAAUGGCAGUGCCAAGUCGGAUGGCGCUUUGAGUGGCGAGGAGGACGCCUCCGCGGUGCCAGAGCGCGGUUACACCUCCGAUUCGGAGCUCACCAAGGCAUCUGCAGCACCUAAUGCACCCAGUCCAAGUGCCGAGAACUGGAUUCUGGUGAACAACAAGGACAGUGAACUCACUACGGCCUCCAGACCCCAAUCACCACCAAGCUCAAGUUCUCCUCCAGUUAAUACGCUCGUCUACAGCUGCCAGCUACUGGACCACGCGCCCUUCGCUCUGUUCAAGUGCUGGGACUCACUGGCCUUCAUCGUACGCAGCGUAGCCCACAUUACGCCAUACAAUUUUGAGGCCUGCGUUCGUUGCAUUCGCAUCUUUGUGGAGGCUUGCCGGGAUGGAGGAAUUCGUCAGCGCAGAAAGCUCGAGACUGCAGCCAAACAAAAGAGUUCCAAGAAGCGCAGCGAUCGCAAGCCGGGAUUGGCUUCUUCCGCCUCGAGUAGCAAUCUUACCCUUCUCACCGGAGACCCGAGCGACAGCCAGGGUCAGGGAAAUGCGGCAGAGCAGGAGGAUCUGGCCCAGCGUUACGAACAGUUGUCCAUUCAAUUGCUGGACCUCAUGUACACGCUGUACACGCGGACUGCUCAGAUAUUCCGCUGGUGGGCCGAGGAGGGAUGUACAGUGCCGCAGUCGGCAGCUCUGUGGGCACCAGGCUGGUGUCCCUUGCUGCAGGGCAUCGCCAGGCUGGCCAUGGAUCGGCGGCGAGAGGUGCGCACGCAUGCCAUCUCGUGCCUGCAGCAGCGGGCAUUGCUGGUCCACGAUCUGCAGACUUUGUCCGGGACGGAAUGGUGCUCAUGCUUCCACCAGGUUCUGUUUCCCCUCCUGAACGAACUGCUGCCGGAGAGCAGUGCUUCGGGGCAGCUGGACGCCUCUCUUCUCGAGGAGUCGCGCAUUCGGACGGCCACCAUCAUGUCCAAGGUCUUCCUGCAACAUCUCACCACACUCAUUGAACUGGGCAACGCCUUCAACGAGCUGUGGCUGGACAUCUUGGACUACAUUGAACGCUUCAUGAAGGUGGGAUCGGAUACGUUGUCCGAACAGAUGCAGGAGAUACUGAAGAACAUGCUGCUGGUGAUGCACUCGGUGCGAGUGUUCCACAAUCAGGACGGCAGUCUGCAGCAGGCCCUUUGGGAGCUAACCUGGCGGCGCAUCGGUGAAUUUCUGCCCAACCUCAAGGAGGAGCUCUUCCACGAUGAAGGCAAGCGUGCUCAGACCCUAACGAACCCAGCUCCUGUGGCAGCUGUGGCUCCCAAUCCACAGCAACAGUUGCCGGCGGUGGCCAUUCUGCCCAACCAAGUCCAGAUAUCCAACGAGUUGAUUGUGAGUGCACCCACUCCGCUGGCCGUUACGCCCACACUGGGUUCGCCUGUGGAAUCGCCGAGGAGGAGUAUUAUACUGCAGCCACCCAUGGCAGAUGCACUGCAGCAGCCGCCCAGCUUUGUAUUUGCUCAGCCCCUGAUUGUUCCACCCCAGCAGAUAGCAGCAACGGACUUGCAACCCAGCACUUUGCUGCCGGAUCUGGUGAAUGAGGCAACUGCUGUUGCUGUGCAGGCCACUUCCCCAUCGCCCACGCACAGCCCACAAGAGUCGGUUCCAAUUGUGCACCAGACAAACAUUGUUACCACCAACAAUACGUACAAUAGCUACGCUAUCGAAGUGCCCAUGGCAUCGGAACCUACAGCGGAACAACAACAGCAACUGCUCUACCAACAGUACUACCAGCAAUAUCAGGCCCAGCAGCAGCAACAGUUGCCCGCUCAAACGAGCGAUCCUGCCAUCAAUGUGCCAAUCAGUCAUCUGCUGGCCGGAAAUGCUUAUCCCUCGCUACCCAAAAUGCCGCAGGCAUCGAUUGUGCAUAGCUUUGCGCCUGUUUAUGAGGCUCAGGCGGCGGCGGCGGCAAGUGGAACAGCUGUGCCUGCAGCCGACAUAUAUCAGGAAUAUGUGCAAAAUCCCUACAACCUAACCCUGCAGCAGAAUCCCCAGCAGCAGCAACAGCAACACCAGCAGGGUGGCCCCGGAUUGGCCACUGCAUUUCCCGCCGUUGCCACGCCAGCCAACUACUUUAAUGUGAAUGUGGAUCCCAGUAGCAUACCACCUGGAUCGGAGCUGCUCUAUGGCCAGCAGUGAGGAGGAGUGUUGGAGGAGAUUUUCAAGCCACCUGACCGUUUUAUUUUGUACCCCGUGUUGUAGAGAAGGGCUAUCUUUGUAGUUAAUAAUAUAAAAUUGUGUCAAUUUGUUUCUUGUUAUUUAUGCCUCCCCCAACUAAAGUGGAAAUACAUUCCGCCCGGGCGCGUGUCUAUUAUGCUAACCGAAGAACAACUCUAAAUCACAGAUCCAGAUGCAAUUUCCAGCAGAAAACCCUAUAAGCUUUAGUAAUGCAAAUAGUUUAAUUUAUAAUAAAUAAAUAAUUAUAUCUUCUGUAUGUUAUGCAAAGAGGCAAAUUGUAAAUAAUCAAAAUUAAAAAUCUAUAAAACAAA